AUGUUCUUGGGGAACCUCUCUCUCAUACAGACAGCUGUCACCUCCGUCUCCAUCUAUGCCGUUGGCUGGAUCAUCUAUUGCCGCUACUUCCACCCUCUUUGCUCCAUUCCAGGGCCCUUCCUGGCAUCCUUCAGUCGAGCAUGGAUCGUCUUCAAGACCGUGAAGGGUGAUAUGGAACACACGCAGCGAGCAUUGCACAAGAAAUAUGGUAAUGACUAUCGAUGCGCCAAUGCAGCUGCUCACAGGCUAACAGAUCAGGCUAUCUUGUUCGCAUCGCACCCAACGAGGUUGCCUGCUCCGAUCCCGAAGCCAUCCAGGUAUAGCAUUGUCAUGACUACUUCCAAGCCACUUUCUGACAAGUACAGACUAUCUACGGUACUAAGACCAUUUUUACCAAGGUACCUAUCCGUCGCUCGCUUUCACAAGCAAAGCUCACUCCGUCAGACCGAUUACUACAAUGCUUGGGCCCCACCGAACAACGGAUACGUCGGUCAUUUCCCUGCACGUGACGAAAAAGAGCAUUCUGAGCGUCGACGCAUCGUCAAUAAUGUCUACUCAAUGUCUAGCGUCCUCGAAUCCGAAAAGGCCAUAGACUCGUGCACGCAGCUCUUUUCCGAGACCAUGCGCGAAUUCGCAGAGCAGAAGUCAGUAGUCGACCUAGGUCUAUGGACCAAUAUGUACGCCUUUGAUGUACUUGGUGAGCUCUUCUACGGCAACAAGUUCGGCUUCAUGAGUGAGCGCAAGGACAUCGGCAACUACAUGAAGGCCAUAGACUCUUUACUUCCCGCAUUCACCAUCGGCGGCACUGUGCCCUCUUACCUGACUAAAUUGUACCUUGUAUCUACAAUUUUGUUCUCGCCAUCCGUUCGCGGGGCCUUGGGAGCUGUCAAGCACAUUGAAAACGCCUCCGAAGCCGCCGUGAAAAGGCGGAAGCGGAAGAUUGAGGAAAACAAGGAUGACAAGCGGGAUAUGCUUCGGAAAAUGCUCGAGAUCCACGCCGACCGAGGAGAGAAAAUCAACUUCACAUAUCAACACAUUUGCGUCGAAUCCCACAGCUCGAUCUUUGCCGGCGCCGACACAACCGCUAUUGCGAUUAACAGUAUCCUGUACCACCUCAUGCGCAACCCGGCCGCCUACGAGAGACUGACCGCUGAGGUAGACGCAGCCGUGGCUGAUGGCACGCUGUCCAUGCCCGUCGCCUAUGUGGAAGCGAUCAAGCUUCCUUACCUGAAGGCGUGCACCAACGAGGGUAUGCGUCUACACCCGAGCGUCGGGCUUACGAUGCCACGACUCGUCCCGGGCGGCGGAGCGACCAUCUCCGGUUUCCACUUUCCCCAAGGCUACCGCGUCGGCGUCAACGGCGCCGUCGUGCAGUACGACAAGGAUGUCUUCGGGCCGGAUGCCGAAAAAUUCAACCCGGACCGCUGGAUCGAGGGUGACGCUAUGCGGAUGGAUAAGACGAUGAUUCAGUUCGGUGCCGGGCCGCGUACCUGCAUUGGCAAGAAUAUCUCUCUGAGCGAGAUCUAUAAGCUGGUCCCUCACAUCGUCAGGGUCUUCCACAUCCGCCUCGCAGACCCGAGCAAGGAGUGGAAGACGCAUAACUAUUGGUUCAACAAGCAGACCGACGUCCAUAUUUACAUCAAAGAGCGGACGUACGGUUUGAACUAG